GUCUGUCAGAUAAUGUCACUGACUUGGAAAAGCGGAGGCAGAUCUAUGGACAGAAUUUCAUCCCUCCCAAGAUGCCGAAAACCUUUCUCCAGUUAGUGUGGGAAGCUCUCCAGGAUGUCACCCUCAUCAUCCUGGAGAUCGCUGCUAUCAUCUCUCUGGGGCUCUCCUUUUAUGCACCACCCGGAGAACAGAGUGACGCCUGUGGGAAUGUCUCAGCUGGGGCUGAGGAUGAGGGCGAGGCAGAGGCUGGCUGGAUUGAGGGAGCAGCUAUCCUACUGUCGGUCAUCUGCGUGGUGCUGGUUACGGCCUUCAAUGACUGGAGCAAGGAGAAACAGUUCCGUGGUCUGCAGAGCCGAAUUGAGCAAGAGCAGAAAUUCCAGGUCAUCCGGAAAGGGCAGGUCAUCCAGGUUCCUGUGGCUGAGCUCGUGGUGGGCGAUGUCGCCCAGAUCAAAUACGGUGACCUACUACCUGCUGAUGGAGUACUCAUCCAAGGCAAUGACCUCAAAAUUGACGAGAGCUCCCUAACAGGAGAAUCAGACCAUGUGCGCAAAGCAGUGGACAAAGAUCCCAUGUUGCUCUCUGGUACCCACGUCAUGGAAGGCUCAGGAAGGAUGGUGGUCACUGCUGUCGGUGUGAACUCUCAGACUGGCAUUAUUUUUACUUUGCUUGGAGCCAGUGGAGAAGAGGAGGAAAAGAAAGAAAAGAAAGGCAAACAGCAGGAUGGGGCUGUGGAGAAUAACCAGAAUAAAGCUAAGAAGCAAGAUGGGGCGGUUGCCAUGGAGAUGCAGCCACUGAAGAGCGCUGAGGGUGGGGAGAUGGAGGAGCGGGAGAAAAAGAAAGCCAAUGGCCCCAAAAAGGAAAAGUCUGUGCUUCAGGGGAAACUCACCAAGCUGGCUGUGCAAAUUGGAAAAGCAGGUUUGGUGAUGUCCGCAUUCACUGUCGUCAUCCUGGUCAUCUACUUCGUGAUCCACAACUUUGUGAUUGGUGGCCGGGCCUGGCUCUCCAAUUGCACACCUGUCUACGUUCAGUACUUUGUCAAGUUCUUCAUCAUCGGUGUCACCGUCUUGGUUGUUGCUGUUCCUGAAGGCCUGCCAUUAGCUGUCACCAUCUCCCUUGCGUACUCAGUCAAGAAAAUGAUGAAAGAUAACAAUCUCGUCCGCCACCUGGAUGCUUGUGAGACCAUGGGCAAUGCUACAGCUAUCUGCUCAGACAAGACAGGAACACUCACCACCAACCGUAUGACAGUUGUUCAGUCCUAUGUGGAUGACACACACUACAAAGAGAUCCCCGACCCCAACAACCUGAACCCCAAAAUCCUGGAUCUCCUUGUCCAUGCCAUUUCUAUCAACAGUGCCUACACCACCAAAGUGCUACCUCCGGAGAAGGAAGGAGCCCUCCCACGCCAGGUCGGCAAUAAAACAGAGUGUGCCCUGCUGGGUUUUGUCCUGGACUUGAAACAGGAUUUCCAGCCAGUGCGGGACCAGAUCCCCGAGCAGAAGCUUUACAAGGUUUAUACCUUCAACUCCGUCCGCAAGUCAAUGAGCACUGUCAUCUGCAUGCCCGAUGGUGGCUUCCGACUAUUCAGCAAAGGAGCUUCAGAAAUCCUUCUCAAAAAAUGCACCAAUAUCUUAAACAGCAAUGGAGAGCUGCGCAGCUUCCGUCCUCGGGACAGGGAUGAGAUGGUGAAGAAGGUCAUUGAGCCAAUGGCCUGUGAUGGCUUACGUACCAUCUGCAUUGCCUACCGGGACUUUUCUGCAGGCCAGGAGCCCGAAUGGGACAAUGAGACGGAGAUUGUGGGAGAACUCACCUGCAUUGCUGUUGUGGGCAUUGAAGAUCCCGUCCGACCUGAGGUUCCUGAAGCCAUCCGCAAAUGUCAGCGCGCCGGCAUCACAGUGCGCAUGGUGACUGGAGACAACAUCAAUACUGCCCGCGCCAUUGCCGCCAAGUGCGGCAUCAUCCAACCUGGGGAAGACUUCCUGUGCCUAGAAGGGAAGGAAUUCAACCGCCGCAUUCGCAACGAGAAGGGAGAGAUCGAACAGGAUCGCCUAGAUAAAGUCUGGCCCAAGCUGAGGGUCCUAGCUCGGUCUUCUCCCACUGACAAACACACCCUGGUGAAAGGGAUCAUCGACAGUACCAUUGGGGAACAGCGGCAGGUGGUGGCUGUGACUGGAGACGGAACCAAUGAUGGGCCUGCCCUGAAGAAAGCAGAUGUGGGCUUUGCCAUGGGGAUUGCAGGAACAGAUGUGGCCAAGGAGGCUUCAGACAUCAUCCUAACCGAUGACAACUUCUCCAGCAUCGUCAAGGCAGUGAUGUGGGGCCGAAAUGUUUAUGACAGCAUCUCUAAGUUCCUACAGUUCCAACUGACAGUCAAUGUGGUUGCUGUGAUCGUGGCCUUCACGGGAGCCUGUAUCACACAGGACUCCCCUCUCAAAGCAGUCCAGAUGCUGUGGGUGAAUCUCAUCAUGGACACGUUCGCUUCGCUGGCACUGGCAACAGAACCACCCACUGAGUCCCUCCUCCUGCGAAAGCCAUAUGGUCGAGACAAGCCCCUCAUCUCCCGUACAAUGAUGAAGAAUAUUCUGGGCCAUGCCAUCUAUCAGCUCACAGUCAUCUUCACCCUGCUGUUUGCGGGUGAGGUCAUGUUUGACAUUGACAGUGGCCGGAAUGCCCCUCUGCACUCUCCGCCCUCAGAGCACUACACCAUCAUCUUCAAUACUUUCGUUCUCAUGCAACUUUGUAAUGAAAUCAAUGCCCGUAAGAUCCAUGGCGAGAGGAAUGUCUUCGAAGGCAUUUUCAGCAAUCCCAUCUUUUGUUCCAUUGUCCUGGGCACCUUUGGCAUUCAAAUUGUGAUUGUACAAUUUGGUGGGAAGCCCUUCAGCUGUGCACCUUUGACCAUCGAACAAUGGCUCUGGUGCCUAUUCAUUGGUAUCGGGGAACUCGUCUGGGGACAGGUCAUUGCCACCAUCCCUACCAGCCAGCUGAAGUUCCUGAAAGAGGCAGGGCACGGACCGGGAAAAGAUGAGAUCACCGAUGAGGAGAUGGCAGAAGAUGAGGAAGAGAUUGACCACGCUGAGAGGGAACUCCGCCGUGGCCAGAUCCUCUGGUUCCGAGGCCUUAACAGGAUCCAGACUCAGAUGGAGGUAGUGAGUACUUUCAAGAGAAGCGGUUCAUUUCAGGGUGCCGUGCGCCGACGUUCUUCGGUCCUCAGCCAACUCCAUGACAUCCGGGUGGUGAAAGCAUUCCGUAGCUCCCUCUACGAAGGCCUGGAGAAACCUGCAUCUAAGACCUCCAUCCAUAACUUCACAACGACGCCUGAGUUUCUGAUCAAUGACUACAUCCACAACAUCCCUCUCAUUGAUGACACUGACAUGGAAGAGCUGGAGGAGCGCCUCCGAGCCAGUCCCCAGCCCCCCUCCAAUCAGAACAACAACGCCAUAGACAAUGGUAUCUAUUUGACCACAGACGUCAGCAAGCCAGCUACCUCUUCUAGUCCUGGAAGCCCACUCAACAGUGUGGAAACCUCACUCUAA